UCGUCCCCCCGUGCGACUCCAAGCCACUCGCCCGCCGGCUCCCCGACCAUGGCGCGCCGCUACCUGUCUGGGGAGAUGUUCCGGGAGACCCAGCUGGCCGAGGCGGCGGACAGCAGCGACAGCGACAGCAUCAUGCACAGCAGUCGCACGCUGCGGGAGAAAAUCCUGCAGACACAGAAGGAGGGCUGCGACUUCGCCAACGUGGACGUGGACACACUCAUCGUCACUGCGGCUAAAGAGCUGGGGAGAGAUCUGUACAGUGAACUGCCCCAGGAGGAGCGGAGACAGAAACUGGAUGCCAUGAUCAACAAGCUUCAGCAGGAGAUAGACAUGGAAUCUGAGCACAAACUGGAGCUGCACAGGGAGGAGAAGGAUGCCCCAGACCAGCAGGUGAGAAGUAAGAUAGCAGCCGACCUGGCUAAGUCUGAGGAGCGCCUUCAGGCCCUGGCCCUGCUGAUGUUACACUACUGCUCCGGCUGGCAGAACUGUACAGAGAGGGAGGACGAGACAAAGGCAGCAGGAGCUCAGGCUGUUUGAGUCGUCAUCUAUGGCAAGAUAAGAGACAAUGCACUCUACAUUGGGACAGCUCCUCAACUAAUCUUGUAAAUAUGACUGAUCCAUCAUAGAAAACGACCAGAGAAACAACAUCAUGUACAACAUGUAUAUUAUAUAUUAUAUUAACUUAUUUUGUGUAGUGUAAGUUAAGCUUUGCAUUCCAUCCUAAAAUUCAUGCAGUGGUCACAUUUGGUUUCGCUAUGAUAAUCAUAUAUUUAUGAUGUAACCUAAGAUAUAGACGUAAUUAUGUAAACAUGCUUUAAAUGAGAUAAAAUAUAUUUACUAGUAUUGUGAUGUUAUAGUCAAUACUAACAACAUAAUUAUUAUAAGCAUGCAAAUACAUGUAACAAGGUACACAAAUAGCAUUAAAUAUUACAUGACUCAUCCAUAUGUACUGUGCAAUAUUAAGGAUGACAUCUCUGUGAUUUAUGAUAACUCAUAAUUGUUGCAAUAUGCUUCAGUCUUAACAAUGGCCUAUGACUAUAAGGUGUUUUUGGAUAAGUCAGAUGAAUGACUGUGUGUACAUCAGUGAUCUUCAGUCUAGAUAUGCAAUGUAAAUGUUACUGAAACUAUUGAGAAUUGUACUUACUAUAUACAUAUGCAUGCAUUUGCUGAUGCAAUGUUAACAAAUAGUGAUAGCCCCAACUGUACAAUAUUGUUGGUGGUAACUACUGGUUACUCUGGUGUUGUGCUCUAAACUUUGUAGGUACAAUGUGUAUAUGUUGUUUUCACCAUUGUUGUAAGAGGCAAGUCAUAUAAAAUGGUAAAAGUUGUUAAACUUUAAAGAGCAGCCCCUUGCAUAUUAAUAAGUCAUGUAAAAUGGUGCAAAUAUACUUAGAUAUAGUAUUAACCAAGUCUGAAUAUAAGAAAGCUUAUUUAUACAUAUUAUGCUCAUUAGGUACAUUGUUUAUGCCUGAUGCUUUCCUCGAUUUAAGUACUCUGAUGUUACAAUUGUUGACCAGGUGUAUAACAAAUGACGAAAUAGGUGACAAGUCAUAUAGUAUACCAAACUAUGGUAUGCUGUCUUGAUAAUAGUAUGAUGUCAAGUAAAUUUGUGGGAUGUGCAAUAGUUAAUACUGACCAAGAGUAGAACAAUGAAUAGAUAAUGUUUUUAAAAGCUACAUUAAGUAGAUAAAU